AUGUGCGAGGUGGGCACCCGCCCGGCGCUGCCCGCCGGGGAGCGGGGCGGCGGCGAGACCCCUCCGGGCAGCGCGCUGUCGCCGCCCGCCCUGCCGCCGGGGGAGAAGUGCCGGGAGAUGGGAGAGCAGCCCAUCUUCACCACCAGAGCGCAUGUCUUCCAAAUUGACCCCGCCACCAAGAAGAACUGGGUUCCUGCCAGCAAGCAGGCCGUAACUGUUUCCUACUUCUAUGACAGCACAAGGAACAGCUAUCGGAUAAUCAGUGUGGAUGGAGCCAAGGUAAUUAUAAAUAGCACCAUCACACCUAACAUGACCUUUACUAAAACAUCACAGAAGUUUGGUCAGUGGGCUGAUAGCAGAGCGAACACCGUGUUUGGGUUGGGAUUUUCUUCUGAACAACAGCUAUCAAAGUUUGCAGAGAAAUUUCAAGAAGUCAAAGAAGCUGCCAGACUAGCGCGAGACAGAUCUCAAGAAAAAACCGAGACAUCCAGCAACCAUUCUCAGGAAUCGGGCCGGGAUACUCCAUGUUCCACUCGGGCAUCCAGUGUGAAUGGCACAGAUGAUGAGAAGGCGUCACACGGCACCCCUUCAGACGCACAACUGAAGACGGAGAAUGACAAACUGAAACUUGCACUAGCCCAAAGUUCCUCUAAUGUAAAGAAGUGGGAAACAGAACUGCAGACUCUUCGGGAGAGCAACGCCCGGCUGGCUUCCGCACUGCAGGAAUCCGCUGCCAGCAUAGAGCACUGGAAAAACCAGUUUUCCAUUUGCAAAGAAGAGAACGAUCAGCUUCAGAGCAAGAUUGAAGAGCUGGAAGAACAAUGCAGCGAGCUAGACAAGGAGAGAGAGCGAAAUGUGCAGCUCAGCAGGCGACUCCAGGACCUGGAAACUGAACUUCAAGACAAGGAGAUGGAACUGGAAGAUCUUCGGAAACAGGGUGAAGUCAUACCACAGCUCAUGACAGAAUGUGAAUCGUUGUCUCACAAGCUGCAGGCUGCUGAGACAAGGAAUCAAGACCUUGAGGAGAAAGUCAGAGCUCUGCAGACAGAGGUGGAAGACAGCCGGCACAGGCAAAACAACCUUAAGACUGAUUUACAGACUUUUUUAGACGUACUAGAUGGAAAGAUCGAUGAAUUACACGAUUUCCGGCAAGGACUAUCUAAACUGGGUAUUGACAAUUAGAGGGGGGGGGGAUUUGUAAGUUUAACAUGGGGGGGGUCUUGUUUAACCCGAAAUGUCUCUUUCUCAAAAGGCAAUUAGAGUAUCCUUCUUGUUUGUAAUGUAAUUUGUAUAUAGAAGC